AUGGGCAAACUCUAUUUGGUCUGGCUCGAAGCACAGAAAGUAUUCGGAUGUGCCGAUUGUGGAACCCAUCUAUCGUCUCUUGAUCGUCGAGAAUCAGUUAGAUUUCAAGGACACCAUGGCGCUGCAUGGCUCUUUACUGAAGUCGUCAAUGUGAUCGAAGGACCACUACAGGACCGCUCAAUGACAACCGGCAUGCACACCGUCAGAGACAUUUACUGUACAAAGUGUGGACAGCUCCUUGGUUGGCGAUAUGUGAAGGCUGCCGAGGAAGAUCAAAAGUACAAGGAAAGAAAAUUCAUCUUGGAAAGAGCCCUCGUCCAGGAGAUACCGAAUGCUUAA